AUGGCAACAUCUAAUCCACCAGAUCAAUUUGUUGAGGAAAUUGACGAGGACUUUUUAAACUGCGGUAUAUGUUCUGAUCGUUACACCAAACCAAAACUACUUCCGUGUCAACAUAGCUUCUGUGAGGAGUGUCUAGUUAAAGUGGUUGCAAAAAGUGGUCAACCUGAUGUUGUUGUAUGUCCGCUGUGUAGACGUAAACAUGACAUUCCCGGUGGCAUUUCAAAGAUAGAAGACAAUCUGUUUAUUAAUCAGUUAGUUGAGGCGUUCAAAGUACGUGACGAGAAAUCCUGUGUGUCGAUAAAGUGUACUGCGUGCACCGAGGCAGACGUCACUAAGCGAUGUUUAGAUUGUACAAUGGAUGUAUGUAACGUGUGUGCACGUGCGCAUAAAAAGUUUCCAAAUUGUAGGAAUCACACAAUAAUAACGCAGGAAGAAUUCAAGUCAGACAAGUCAGCUAAACUUUACUCAUCUGUUUACUGUGAUAAACACCCGGACAAUCAGAUAAAAUUCUACUGUGAUACAUGUGAGAUAGCGAUCUGUCUGGAGUGUAUUGUGAUCGAUCAUCGUGAUCAUAAAUACAGAUAUCUGAAUAAUGCAGCAUCAGAAUUCAAAGAGGAACUAAGUGCAAUGGUGGAUCAGAUGAAAGUGAAGGAACAAGAAGUGAAAAAUAGUAUGGUCUCUGUACAAAAGGUAUCUGAUUCCCUUGAAAACAAUUUCAAACAGGAAGAAAGCAAACUGAAUGACUGGUCACUUGAGAUUCAGCAAGAGGCGUUAACAGCUGCUACAGGCCGAAUCACAGCGCAAGAUGCCCUGUCACAAUGA